CUGUGACUCGCUCUUUGAGGUCCCCAGUGCAGCGUCAAUGCAAAUCUGUUCUAAGAGAAGGAUUGACUGUUGGUGCGGACGACCUUUCAUGCCUUUUGCUAGCAAGCGACAAGCUGGCUACCUGACCUUUUCUUUCGUGGUACUCUUUCCUUUCGCGCGUAGCUUUUUGUUGACGCAGCCCAAGGUCCACGUUGCAAUGCAAACGGAAAGCACUGCGACUACUGACUGUGAUUUGAGUUUUUCAAAAUCGGACCAACCGGCGCCCUUGUAUAUUACGAUUGGACCACCCUGCGCCGGCAAGACUACCUGGCUGCAACAACAACAAAGGCACAGUCCGGACUACUCGCAAGUCUCCAUUGAUGAUGUGUCGCUGGAUGACCAGCCAGACACAUAUGUACCACUGAAUACGGAAUAUUUUCUCACCAACACAGCCAAUUCCUAUCCCGAAGAGCUACGUACGCACUGUAUUUGUGGCAAGUCUUUGGCGGAACGAAUCCAGGGAAAUGAUCAACGAGAGCUCCGAACCGUGCUUCAAAGAGUAGCGGGGAAUUUGACAGAAUCGGAAUUUCGCAAUGCCAUCAUCGGCAAUAUCGUGGGGAUGGAUCACUGCGAAUCUACUACAUCGAAAUCUGUACAAACCUUACUAGUCAACGCAGUGGAACGCUGUAUGCAGGACCAGACUAUGGUGGCACUGCUGCCACAGACGGUAGACCUUUUUGUGCGGGAGCGCAUAUUCCGACGUGACGGAACCCACUCUACAACUGGACUGGAAUCGUCUGAAAAAGCGCUAUACGCAUGCCCAAUCGACCGACCAGUGGCAUGGGGCAACACCAACACGCGGCCGAGUGACUACCGGAUGGCUCUCGUUAUGGCAGCCUCCACCCGCCGACCUGUCCGCUUUGUAGUCUACAGUGACAAAAAGGCGCUACUCCGUAUUCUGAACAAUUCAGAAAUGGACCUGGCGGACAAGGUUCCGCAAGAACUUUUUGGGCUUCAGGCAACACUGCCAGAGCUCAUAGAUCGGAACGUGAAUCGAUUGCUGACCUCCGGUCGGUACGUUCCCGUGUCGGUAAUUCGCGACAUGCACGAGCGGUCUUUAGAGCUGUUACAGAAAGUGGUACACGGGUGGAACUCACUUUCAAGAAAUCACAGUAACAACUCGAAGCUGACGGCGUUCGAUUUGGAUCGGGGUUUGGCCCGACUGGUAGAUUUUGACCUUUUGGCCGAUCGAACCGUGGUUGACUUGCGAACCGCAGUCGGAAACGAAGCAGUUUUGAUCCACGGUCUCGUCGUCAACCGCCAGAGCCCGUACGGAAUGGCGCAACUCAUUCCAGAGGAACACGGAUGGACACGCCACCUACCAGACUUGUUGACGGAGAAAAGUGUGGACCGCGAAGUCAAGAGAGCGUUUUCAACCUGGCGCAAGACAGAAGGAUUUAUGCCAACUUUUGACUUUUACGUGUGGAUGGGCACGGGCGGUACCUGCACACCGUUACAUUUUGAUUCGUACGACAAUCUGUUUAUGCAACUGGUGGGAGCGAAGUAUGUGCGCCUGUAUCCUCGCGACGCAACGCUUAAGCUAUACGUGAGCACGUCGGGUGCAUAUGGGUUGCAAGGCAUCAUGAAUGACCUGGACUGUGAGCGGGAAGAUUGGGCAGUGCACGGCAAGGCUCGGGACGCCGAGUAUACAGAAGUGCUGCUCCUGCCAGGUGAUGCCUUGCUCAUUUCCGCUCGUACGUGGCAGUACGUUCGUGCCUUGAGCACGUCCCUCAGUGUCAACAACUGGUUUUGA